AUCACAAACAACCUAUUUAUAAUUUAGAUGUGUUUGAUUGGUUUCUGGAGAUUUCUUGGGAAGGUUUGCUGCUCCUUGUUUCUCUCCCAUUUCAAACAUGUUUAAUAUUUUUCUUCUGUAUCCAAUUCAUCACCAUGUUGUAGACCUGGUUUUAUUGCAUACAAACUCUGAAACUCCCCUCUUUCUUCUAUGAUUGCGUGGUGUUAAGCAAGCCCUUCUCUUUGGUACUAUAAUUUGUCGACCAGAAAAGCUGUGUUGUGGUUUUGGUUUGGUGGUGUUGUCUUUGUGCCAGUUUGGGGUGCUUUUUUUGUUCCAACGAGUUGAAGAAUGGCUAAUGGGGAAGAGAAAGCCAAGGACUAUUAUGCUCUUUUGGGGUUGAAAAAGGAAUGCUCGGACUUGGAGCUCCGGAAUGCUUAUAAGAAACUUGCAAUGGGUCAUUUAGUCCCAUUUGGUUCUUCAGUGGAACCAAAUUGGGUUUUUGGUUGUAACAUCAAACAGAGAUGGCACCCAGAUCGCUGCUCUGCCUCUGGAAAUUCAAAGUUCGUGGAAGAAGCCAAGCAGAAGUUUCAGGACAUUCAACAAGCCUAUUCUGUUCUGUCUGACGCGAACAAGAGGUUUCUGUACGAUGUAGGAGCUUAUGAAAGUGAUGAUGACGGAAAUGGGAUGGGUGAUUUUUUGAGCGAGAUGGCUGUGAUGAUGAGCCAGACUAAGCCGAAUGAAAAUGGAGGGGAGAGCUUCGAACAGUUGAAGGAGCUCUUUGAAGAAAUGUUUCAGGGGGAUGUUGAGAGUUAUAGCUCCAGCUCUCAGCCUCUUGCUUCCUGUUCUAACUCUUCAUCAUCGUAUACAUGCUACAGUGAAAGUUCUACUCCCAAUAACAAACGUAAUUCUUCCGAAAUGAAUUAUGGCAACAUGAAUUAUUGCCAGACAACCUUGGACAAUUCUGGUUUUGACGCUCAUUUCCACAAUUUUUGUGUAGGGACAGGCGGGAAGCCAGCAAGGGAUCGGGAAGGGGAUGUCAGACAGAGAAAGGAUUCCCGGAGGAGAAACCGGUAGGCGAAGGGAGGGCAGGAAGCAGAAGGUUACAUCAGGGCACGAUGUCUCCUCUAAUGAUAACUCGGGUAUUUCCGCAAGAUAAUGCCACUGAAUUGAUUCAGCUAAUUACUAGAGAAUUGGGAAGUGCAGCAGCAAAAACAUGAUCAGCAAGAAGCAAUCUUUCAGUUUAGGCAAAUCUAUGUUUAAUUUAUUGUGCCUCCUCUGCCAUACCAUCAAAUGGUGGUGGCAUUGUCUGAACCGUUUCAUCCUCCUUGUGUUAAUUGAUGAGAUUUCCCUA